AUGCUCCGACUCAAUAUACACCGCACAUCGCCACCCUUUUGGGUAGGGGCGCGCUUGUUGUCUUCGACCGCGGUCCUCCGUCUUGAGCAGAGUGCGGAGGAGCGUGCUAGGGAGGAGGAGCUCCGCCAAAAGGUUCAGCAGAAGUACCGCGGAAUGCAGAUCCCUGAAAUGACCCACCACGAAUAUGGGCACUUCUCUACAAUGGGUAUAAACGCAAGUGCAGCUCAGCAGGCAGCGCGCAGCGCUGGAGUACAGGGAUACUCAGGGUUUGGUGGGAACCCUUUCCAGAAUCAGGGAAGGGUGGACUGGCUCUUCCUGUUGACGGGUUGCACGCUGGUGUACUUAUCCGGUAAGAUCCUCUUUCGUCAAUUCACGCGCGGAGUAAAUGGCCUGGAGCUGCCUCUUUGGACGGCGAGCGUAGAGCUGCAGGCGAAGCACAUCCUGUUUGCUGUACAGUUUCAGCAAAGUGAGCAGGAUCAGAUGAAGAAGGACUUUGAGGCGGUUCGCCAGACCAACCCCUUUGUGGACUUUUUCGAGUGGGUGCGCUCGCGCAGGCCUGAGUUCUGCUGUGGGCGAAAGUAUGGAGCCGAUUAUGUGAUGCACACGCUUGUUUCCUGCUUGCGUAGCAGCGACGGCACCCAGCUGGCCACUUUAGCUCGUACACUGCAGGAGUCUAUGACCCGGAAGAAUGGUGACUCCCUUCAGCGAGUGGACGACUUUGUAGAACAACUCCAGAGCGCCGGGUAUCUUUUCCAGGGCAUCCGCGGUGUGGGCUCGUCUAGCGUGUACACCCCUGAGCAUUCACCUCAACCGAUUUAUACCCCGUUCCGUGAGGUUAGUCCGUGUGGAGCGCAAGAAUCCGGUCUUAUUAACGCUCUGGAUGUGAGGAGCGGGGAGGCACACAGCUCUACUCCUUUCAGCGAGGCAAAGUAG